AUGCAGAUCAUACUAAUCCUAUUCUGCGUGCUCACGGGUAUACUGGCUUAUACAAAGAAUCCUGACACUUCCUCGAAUUACUGGAGGAGAACAACGACUACAACUCCUGCUACAGCUUGGAUGCAAACGACUACACGGAGCGCUGGACUGUGUAAUGCGUGCAGUCUACUUAAUGGAUUCCAUUAUAACCACAAUACUGUCAACAAGGGGAACAGCACACCAUGUUUUUUAAGUAACAUUUCAACUCGAGCAGUAAAUGAAUACAAACAAAUCAAAGAGGAUAUGCGGUUGCCUUUAAAUAAUAUGGAGAAAAGAAUAGAAGCGUGGGCCAGCAAGUAUGGAGUAAAAUGGAAAUACGACUGCUAUAAGAAAACUGUUGGGAACAGAACGAACGAAUUUUUCGUUUCCGUCAAGAAAAUGGUGAGCAAAUUAGAUCAGUUCUUCACUAAGUUCCGAAACACUUACGAAAAUAAGAGGAACUCGUUCUACAGUAUGUAUGAAACUACAUGGGACCUAUUCCAAAAUUUAGAUGAGAAUCAACAGGCGGUCGUCAACUUUAUCAUCAACACAUAUCAAGGCCGUCAAUUUCAAUCACCAAGAUGUGACAGGAAAUGUGGGCGAGGAUGGAAACCAGACCAGAAUGGAAAUGGAGGCGGUUAUGUUCCGGAAAAUGACCGCGAUUAUCAUAACGAAGAAUUUCAAGGCAGCAGCAGCAACGAAUGUCCAUGCAAACGUAACGGACGAUGUCCAUGCAACAAUGGAGAUUAUCCCAGAGGAAACGACAGACCAGAAGACCGCUACCCUAACAAUAAAGGAGGAUCUGGGGAAGGUGGUAGCAGCAGGUGUCCAUACAGAAGGAAUUAUCCUAGUGGAAAUGACAAAUUAGAAGAGCGCUACCCUAACGGAAACGGUGGAUUUCAAGGUAGCAGCAACGGAUAUCCAUGCAAACGUAGCGGAAGAUGUGCAUGCAAGAACAGGGAUUAUCCGGACAGAAACGACGAACCACAAGACCGCUACCCUAACAAUAAAGGAGGAUCUCAAAGCGGUAACAGCAAGUGUCCAUGCAACGGUGGAUGUCCAUGCAACAGAAGGGAUUAUUCCAGUGAAAGCGACAAAUUACAAGACCGCUACCCUAGCGGUAACACCGGAUUCCAGGACAGCAGCAGCGGAUGUUCAUGCAAACGUGACGGAAGAUGUGCAUGCGAGAAUAUGGAUUAUCCGGAUAGAAGCGACGGGUCGCAAGUCCGGGAACAGCCUGACUUUAACGGAGGAUAUAAAGGAACCAGCAGCAGGUGUCCAUGCAACGGUGGGUGUCCAUGCAACAGAAGGGAUUAUUCCAGUGAAAACGACAAAUUACAAGACCGCUACCCUAGCGGUAACGCCGGAUUCCAGGACAGCAGCAGCGGAUGUUCAUGCAAACGUAACGGAAGAUGUGCAUGCAAGAACAGGGAUUAUCCGGAUAGAAAUGACGGAUCAGAAGUCCGGGAACAGCCUGACUUUAACGGAGGAUAUAAAGGAACCAGCAGCAGGUGUCCAUGCAACGGUGGGUGUCCAUGCAACAGAAGGAAUUAUCCUAGUGGAAAUGACAAAUUAGAAGAGCGCUACCCUAACGGAAACGGUGGAUUUCAAGGUAGCAGCAACGGAUGUUCAUGCAAACGUAACGGAAGAUGUGCAUGCAAGAACAGGGAUUAUCCGGAUAGAAAUGACGGAUCAGAAGUUCGGGAACAGCCUGACUUUAACGGAGGAUAUAAAGGAACCAGCAGCGGAUGCCCAUGCAACGAUGGAUGUCCAUGCAACAAAAAGGAUUAUUCCAGUGAAGACGUACGAUUAGAGGAUCGCGAAUACCCUCAGGAUAACAGAGGAUUUCGAGGAAGCAACAACGGAUGCCCAUGCACCGGGGGAUGUCCAUGCAACAAAAGAAAUUAUCCCAGUAAGAACGACACACCACAACGGCUCAAUGAACGACACCCGAGCAGCGAUAAUAGGGACACAUGGGACAAUGGAUACACUGAAAACAGGCGCUCUUACCGUUAUAACGGAGGAUACGGUGGAUCAUAUCGGGACCGCCACAGUACGGAAGAAGAUCGUUCCUUUGAUUUUGGUCGAGAACACCACUAUCAUUGA